CAACAACACAAGUUUAUUUUCUCACAACUCUGAGACUAGAAGUCUGAGAAGAAGGUGUGGACAGGGUUGGACAGUGUCUUACUCUCUCCCCGUCUUCACGUGAUCUUUCCUCUGUGUGUCUACAUCCUAAUCUCCUCUUCUCUAGGAUCACAAGACCUGUUGGAUUAAGGCCCAGGCUUACAGCCUCCUUUAAACUUGAUUACCUCUUUAAAGUCCCCAUCUCCACAUACUGUACAGUAAGAUUACGACUAACUGGGUUAGGACAUCAACAUUUGAUUAUUAGAAGGACAAAAUUCAUCCCAUAAUAAAGUCCUCAUUAAAUAGUAACUGAAUGAGUGCAUUCAAGAACUUUUCUCAAUAUUUGAAUCAGAUUCUAAUUAAAAUGACACUUUUAAAAAUGAUGAUUGGCUUAAUUGGGCUGUAGCUUGAGGCAAACAAAGAAUGAAAGCACAGGAUAAGAUUUAAACUGUGUUUGCACCCAGGUUUCAGGACGCCUCACCUUCUCAUUGGGUAUUUAUCCCUGUGUGCCUCUGUUUGCCUCCUCUAUAAAACAGACACAGUCAUUCACACACUGCAGGUUGGUCAUAACAGACAGACAUCAUAUAAUUGUUGCUCGUGUCUUGUUUGUGUUCCCAGGGGCUCAAGUGCAGCGUUUCUGAGCAUGGAGUCAACUACCCCAGCCUGGACCACUGAAUUCACAACAAGGAAUGGAAAUAACGAGAUCUUUUCUAGAACUUGUGGAUUGGAACCUCUGAUCUUUCCUUGUCUGACCAGCAUCAUUGCCCUGGUCGGGCUGGCGGGAAACGGCGUUGUGCUCUGGCUGCUGGGCUUCCGCAUGCGCAGGAACACCUCCGUCUACAUCCUCAACCUGUCGGUGGCCAACUUCAUCUACCUCUGCUUCCUGAUGAUACAAUCCCUGAAAAAACUCAUUGAGUUCUUCCAUUAUCCCUUCCUCAACCCUUCCACCUUCCUCUAUGUGUUGGCUUUUUCCUACCUUGCAGGGCUGGGCAUGCUGAGCGCCAUCAGCGCUGAACGCUGCGUGUCCGCCCUGUGGCCCAUCUGGUACCGCUGCCGCCGCCCGAGACGCACGUCAGCUGUUGUGUGUGGCCUGCUCUGGGCCAUGGCCCUGCUGGCUCCUAUAGGCAGCGGAAGCAGGAAGGGCGGCAGACCCUGCGGCAGGUUCUCCAGCGGGCUCUGCAGGACACCCCUGAGGUGGAUGGACCUGGGACAGCCUUCCUCAGGGACCCCUGGAGCUGUCGGGAAGCAGAUAGGCCAGGGAGGAGCAGCCUCUGCCCUGGGCAGUCACACGUGACUCAGACAGCAGCACGGUCCAGCACGCUUCACCUUCACAUACAUUUCUCUCAGCCUUGUGCCACUGAAAUGCCUCAGGAAUUCCCCAGUGCCUUCAAAUAGAUCUCUUUUUAACUUGGCUUUUCUAGCUUUACUCAGAGAAAACAUUAUCUGAAAGUAUAUUGUCUCCAUCCUUCUUGACAUUACCAAUAAUGUUCUCAUGUUAUCUUCCUCUAAAUCUUUCUAUUGAACACAUUUUGUUUGCAAGUUUCAUUGCAGUGGAAAGCAUGCCUGUCCCAAACCACACAACUCUUCUACAUAAUUGUUUUCUACCUGACAGUAUCAAAAAAGACUCCUUAUUUAUCACUCACAAUAUGUUCCCCUGAAAAUUACGUUCACUCUGACUGGGGAGGGCACGCUGCAGGGGGGAAGCUGGCUCUGAAUGAGUGAGCUCUGCUUCCCAUAAAUCUCAAUGCGUUCUCAGUUAUUAGAAAAAAUACUGUCCUCAGAGACAGAUUCUCUGCCUUUAUAAAAACAGUACAGAACAUUGAUUUUAUAUGACAUAUCCUUUGACCAUGGCAUGUGAUAUGCCCAUGACUGUCAUUUGUUCAUGGCAUGGUAACAAGUUGGCCUUGUUUUCUAGUAAAGAAAACAAUGGACCCCUACCCUGGAAAACUAGUGACUGUUCCUAUAGGCCUUCUGCACCUGGGGACCAGUGUAGAGUCUACAUAUAAUAUUCCAUGGUUCCACCUUCACUAUUGGCAACCUCAGUAUUGUUUUCAGGGAAGAAUUUGUCUUGAGAACCAUUUAUUAUUAGCUUAAACUUUCCUUUAUUUGUAAGAGGACUCUGUAUACUUCCAGUUUUUGCAAAAUUAUUCUGCCUGUAACUUUCAGUUAGUUCCAUGUACAGUCACCAUGGGGGUCAGGAUUGAAAACAUGUAAGCUUUUCAUAAUAAUGUUUGUUACAAUAUACUGAUAAGAAUGUUGGGCUAGCACUGAAUUCUGAUACACGCUAGAACAGAGAUGAACCUUGAGAAAAUCUUCCUAAGUGAAAAAAAAGCCAUACCCAAGAGAAUAAUAUUGUAAAUUCACGCCCUAUAAGGUAUCUACACAGAAAAACUGAUCACACAGAUAAUACUGUGGGUGGGGCAAGGGGAGAAUGUAUGGGAUAGGGUAAGGGGAGAAUGUAUGGGAUGGGGUAAGGGGAGAAUGUAUAGUCAUUGUUUAAUGGAUACAGAAUUUCUGUGUGACAUAAUGAAAAUCCUUUAAAUGGUUACCAUUUACUCUAAAGGUACUGAAUGCCACUGAAUUCUACACUUAAAUGGUUAAAGUAGUAAAAUGUAUGUUAUGCAAAUUUUAUUAUAGUUUUCAAAAAUGAUUAAUUAAGGAAACUCGGAUCAACACAGAGUUGAGGACUAACCUGUGCCACUGGUUUCUGUUUCCACAAAGAACUCAAGCAGACAGAAGGGGC